UGGCAACAAUAACACAGGUCAACAACAUUAAUCAGAAAGGUGUGAGUUAGAGCCGGCGAGUGGACUUCAACUGAAAAUGAAACUGCCAAUUACUCGCUGACACGUCGUGAAGUUGAUUAAGGACAGUUUACUCUGUUUAGUGGCGCAGCGACGUGGUACUUGGACAAAAACAAAAAGCUCCAGAGCGCCGGCAGCCUGUGAUUAUGGCAAUUAAUUCAUCCAGCGUUGCCGCCGGGUUCAUCGUUGCCGGCAUGCUCACGGCGUUCUUCGGAACCGUGCUGGUCUUCGUGGGACCGCUGAUCAUUGAUGGCCAGGUGGUGAAGAACACGAUCAUUGAUCCAAAGAACGACCUCUCGUACACCAUGUGGAAGGAUCUCCCUGUGCCCUUCUUCAUGUCGGUCUACUUCUUCAACGUCCUCAACCCUAAUGAGAUCCUGAAAGGAGAGAAGCCCAUGGUGGAGCAGAAAGGCCCUUAUGUAUACAGAAAGAGGUGUCAGAAGGACAACAUCACCUUCCACCCCAACAGCACAGUGUCGUACAGAGAAUACAGGAGAUACUUCUUCGAACCCUCCAUGUCUGUAGGAAACGAGUCUGAUGUCGUCACCAUCCCCAACAUGUUGGUGCUGGGUGCAGCGGUGAUGAUGGAGGACCUGCCCUACGCCAUGCGUUUAAUGAUCAGCGCCACCUUCAAGACGUUCAAGGAGGGGCCCUUCCUGACCAAGACGGUGGGGGAGCUGAUGUGGGGAUACGACAGCCAGCUGGUCGAAUUCCUCAACAAGUACUUCCCCGGCAUGUUGCCCUCUACGGGAAAGUUUGGCCUCUUUGCAGAAUUCAACAACUCCAACACCGGACUGUUCACCAUCAACACCGGGAAAGACGACAUUACUAAAGUGCACAAAGUGAACUCUUGGAACGGCCUGACCGAGCUGGCCUACUGGAGGACGCCUCAAACUAACAUGAUCAACGGAACCGCUGGACAGAUGUGGCCUCCAUUCAUGACCAAGGAGACCACUUUACCUUUCUACAGCCCAGAUGCCUGCAGGUCUCUGGAGCUCGUUUACCAGCGUCCCGGAGAGAUGAAAGGCAUCCCUCUGUAUCGAUACGUUGCACCAAAGACUUUAUUCGCCAACGGGACAGAUUACGCCCCCAACGAGGGCUUCUGCCCCUGCAGACAGUCGGGUCUGCUGAACGUCAGCAGCUGCCGCCAGAACUCCCCGGUCUUCAUCUCUCACCCUCACUUCUUCAAUGCUGACCCAGUGCUACUGGACUACGUGCUGGGCCUUAAUCCCACAGAGGAAGAGCACGGCCUCUUCAUCGACAUCCACCCACUCACGGGGGUUCCUCUGAACGUGUCCAUCCGCCUGCAGCUCAACCUCUACAUGAAGAGGGUUUCAGGAAUUACGGAAACGGGCAAAAUCUCUGAGGUGGUGAUGCCUAUGAUCUGGUUCGAGGAGAACGGGUACAUAGACGGACCCGUCCUCACCACGUUCCACACAAACCUGGUCAUCCUUCCUGCCAUGAUGGAGUACAUGCAGUACAUCUUCAUAGCACUUGGCCUGGCGACGAUGAUCGUGGCUUCUGUGGUGUAUCACAGAGUGAAGAACACAGCAAUGAGCAGCUCCUUAGUGAUCCACAACUACGGGGCCUCCAGUAAUGGGCAGCUAAAAGGCUCAGAUGGCUAUGAAACUCAGGAGAAAAGUAUGAGUAUUUCAGAGAAAUGAACGAGGAACCAGCACCACUCCAAAAGGAAAAUCGAGCAUUCCCACAGACGAGCGAACCCCUCUGCUCCGAGACGACACACACCCACGUAAACACACAUGAAAUCCACCCCGCUGUGGCGGCCUCGCAGAUGGAUGGCGUCCUCGUACCCAGAACUGAAACACUGACGAAGCUGGGCCACGCUUUAUUCCCCCUGGAGUCAGCGGGGAGACAGUCCGUCUCCAAAGCUGGACGACCUUUUACUUAUAUUUUAUUGUUAAACAGUUGUCUAAACAAGGGAACUGGCGGAAACAAGUUUCUACUACAUGGGGACGCCAGAUAUGUUUUUAUAUUGGUUUUCAAAGCGCUCCCGACAAUCACUGAGUGGAACGGAGUGCUCGUGUUUCAAGCUGAGGACGGACGUGGAUGAUGUCUGGCACUGAGCAACGAACUGGUGUGUGAAGUCGAUGAAGAUGUUGCAGGAGUCUUUGCUCUCUGUCCUGUCUUCAAAUGUCAGUUCUGCUGUCUGUUUUGUUUCCUUUUGGAAAAAAGUGGAUAUAAAUAAAUGAUAGAAACUAAAACACUGGAGCUUCAGAAGACUGGAUACGGUUAUUGAUGAACGUCAAUAUCUCCUGUGUAAAUUAUACCUUUUACCUUCACCUGCCUUCACUUUUGUGUAUAAAUUGAUUAAUCACACAAAUAAUGAUGUUCUGUUUGCCUUAAAAUAUAUUUGUCAAAUUACAAUGAUGCAGAAGCAGAGAAUUGUCCUUGCUUUAAACGUAUUUGUUGUAUUAUUAUAUGUAAAAAACAUGUUUUUAAUAAACAGACAUUUGCAGCCUGGUUC